UUAAACACCAUCAAAUUGGCUCCCCCCACAAAUAUCAAUUACAAUAUGGCUGUCAUGACCGAUCAUGACAGAACUCACAAUCUGGAGCUGAAAGCACCCAGCAUUACCAAAGAUGGCAAUGAUGCUGGCACCAUUGCCGAAUUCUUUGCCCAUAAAAAUAUUUUCGUUACCGGUGGUACCGGUUUCUUGGGCACCGUCCUUAUCGAGGCCUUGUUGGAUGCCACACCGGAUAUAGGCACCAUUUAUUUGUUGGUGCGCGGCAAAAAGAAUUGGGAUCCAAAUCAGCGUGUCAAGAAGUUACUAACCAAACCGAUUUUUGAAAAAUACGAUGAGAAAACAUUGGCCAAGGUGAAGCCUGUCGUCGGUGAAUUAUCGGAAGAGAAUUUCAAUUUUGAUGAUGACAUUUUGCAAGAACUGAUUGACAAUGUGAAUAUUAUCUAUCACAGUGCCGCUACCAUUCGCUUCCGUUCACCACUAAGAACGGCAAUUAAAACUAAUUUAACCGGUACUAUGCGUACCAUUGAAUUGGCUAAGAGAUUGAAAAACCUGUCCGCAUACAUUUAUUGUUCGACCGCCUUCUGUAACAGCAAUAAUCGUGGUCUCAUCUUGGAGGAGGUAUAUAAAUCGAAAUGUGAUCCCUAUGAAAUGAUGAAAAUGGCCGAAGAUGAUUCGAUGUGGGAAAAUUUCACCGAAGAACAAACUGUCAAAUAUACCAAUGAUCAUCCUAAUACAUAUACGUUUACGAAAAACUUGUCGGAGAAUUUGCUUAUGGCUGAGAUGAAAAAUAUGCCAGUGGCCAUUGUAAGGCCAUCAAUUGUUUAUGGCACCUGGGAGAAACCCUGUUCCGGUUGGGUGGGCAAUGCCAACUCCGGCCAUUUGGGCUUCUUGGCCGGUUUCAUUAAGGGCAUUUUCCGCACCAUGAAGGGUCGCGCCUCAGCUGUCAUCGACAUUAUACCCUGUGAUUAUGUUAUCAACUCCUCACUGGUCAUGGGUUGGUAUGUGGGUACGCGUAAAAUUGAACAACCCGAAGUUAUCCAUUGCACAUCGGGUGAAGUGAAUCCCCUCACCUUAUCGGAAUUCUGUGAUAUCAUCAAUAAAAAUGUACAAAAACAUCCCCCCAAUAGUUUUGUGUGGAAACCCAAGGCUAUUUUGCGUAAUGGUUGGCGUUAUAAUCUCUUCUUCUAUUUGUUCCAUAUGUUACCCGCUAUGGUCUAUUCCAUACCGGAGAAAUUGUUUUCCGUUGGCAUGCCACAGCAUACUGUCUAUGAAUAUAUGCGCGUCUUUUAUCGUGGUGGCAAAGCUUUCGAUUAUUUCUUGGACAAGAAUUUCCGUUACGAUUUGAAAAAUGCUCUGCGUAUUAUGAGUGUGGUGCACGAAAAGGAUCGUCAACGUUACAAUUUCGAUUCUAGUCGUUGUGAUUGGACAGAGUUUUUGGCCCGAGUUAUUAUCGGUAUUCGUCGUUUCUAUUUCAGGGAAUCGGCAGAGACCACCACCUGGCAUAGGAUAUAUUGGAAAGUAUUUGAUUUCCUUUACUAUGCUGGCUUCGUUGUCUUGUUCUUGAUAUUCUUUGCCAUAUUUGGUCUAUUGAGUGGCAUUAAAAUUGGAUUGGUGUUGGCCCUGUUAGUGUGGGGCUUUUUGGUUUGGUUAUAAGUU